UAACAGCGAAAGGCGGAGGAGCAGCAGGAGGUGGAGGAGCAGCAGGAACAGAAGGAGGCAAGGCAGCAGGAGUAACAGCGAAAGGCGGAGGAGCAGCAGGAGGUGGAGGAGCAGCAGGAACAGAAGGAGGCGAGGCAGCAGGAGUAACAGCGAAAGGCGGAGGAGCAGCAGGAGGUGGAGGAGCAGCAGGAACAGAAGGAGGCAAGGCAGCAGGAGUAACAGCGAAAGGCGGAGGAGCAGCAGGAGGUGAAGGGACAACAGGAAUAGCAGGAGGUGGAGAAACAGCAGGAGGUGGAGGAGCAGCAGGAAGUGGAGAGGCAACAGGAAUAGCAGGAGGUGGAGAAACAGCAGGAGGUGAAGGGACAACGGGAAUUGCAGGAGGUGAAGAAACAGCAGGAGGUGGAGGAGCAGCAGGAGGUGGAGGGACAACAGGAAUAGCAGGAGGUGGAGAAACAGCAGGAGGUGGAGGAGCAGCAGGAAGUGGAGAGGCAACAGGAAUAGCAGGAGGUGGAGAAACAGCAGGAGGUAGAGGGGCAACAGGAAUGACAGGAGGUGAAGAGACAGCAGGAAUAGCAGGAAGUGAAGAAACAGCAGGAGGUGAAGAGACAGCAGGAAGUGGAGGGAGAACAGGAAUAGCAGGAGGUGGAGAGACAGUAGGAGGUGAAGAGACAGCAGGAGGUGGAGGGGCAACAGGAGUAGCAGGAGGUGGAGAAACAGCAGGAGGUGGAGGACCAGGAGGAAAUGGAGGAGGAGCAGCAAUAGCACCAAGAGUAGGAGAAAAAGCGGCAAUAGCAGCAGGAGUGGGAGGAGCAGCAGGAGGUGUAGGAGCAGUAGCAAUAGCAGCAAGAAUAGGAGAAACAGCGGCAAUAGCAGCAGGAGUGGGAGGAGCAGCAGCAAUAGCAGCAGGAGUGGGAGGAGCAGCAGCAAUAGCAGCAGGAGUGGGAGGAGCAGCAGCAACAGCAGCAGGAGGUGUAGGAGCAGCAGCAACAGCAGCAGGAGGUGUAGGAGCAGCAGCAACAGCAGCAGGAGGUGUAGGAGCAGCAGCAACAGCAGCAGGAGGUGUAGGAGCAGCAGCAAUAGCAGCAGGAGUGGGAGGAGCAGCAGCAGCAGGAGGUGUAGGAACAGCAGCAACAGCAGCAGGAGGUGUAGGAGCAACAGCAGCAGGAGGUGUAGGAGCAACAGCAGCAGGAGGUGUAGGAGCAGCAGCAACAGCAGCAGGAGGUGUAGGAGCAGCAGCAACAGCAGCAGGAGGUGUAGGAGCAGCAGCAACAGCAGCAGUAGGAGUAGUAGUAGUAAAAACGGUGAGGUGGCUGCAAACUUCCUUGCAAACUUAUUACAAAUUCAUAGACUUGUAUAAAACCCUGGAACAAAACAGCAGCGUCACAUUAGCUGUUGUUCUUUUCUACUCACUGCUGCUGUGGUCGUUUGUUAUUCAGGACCCAAUAAUUGAGACUCUGCUAUUAAUGUGUGGAGUUUUAUUGUGGCUUUUGUUGACGGUGGAUUAAGUUGAGUAAUACUGUUAUCACUUUGUCCACAGCAAACAAACAAAUACACGUAACCAACAGGCAGGUUUUCCAUAACAGUGAAACUUAGAUAGUUAUAAUCAGUGACGAGUGAAGCGUACUUUGAUUUGUAUAAUAUUAACACGUAUCAUUUCAUCUUGCUACACUACAAAACAUAUCUCAUUGUCUUUAUACAAUGAAUGUUAAUCAAUAAGCUGCAAAAUUCCAAAUGUUAGAUAAGUAGAAAUGGACUUUGUUUUGUCCCUUAAGUAAGUAAUUAAGUAAAUAAAUUUACUCAUAAAUUAUUUUUCAUGCACUGUUUUAGUGAAUGUGGUGUGUGUCACAAGCUGGUUUCUUUUGUAUUUAGCUUUUUCAACUUCCCUCCAUCAAAUGUAAAAUAUAAGCAAAAAAUAAAUCUUUGUGUGAUUUGUUUCACA